GAAACGAAGAAACUGGUAGCUAGAGAGAGCAGCAGCAGAGACUAGAAGACGAAAGAAGAAGUUGAAGAUCUUCAUCUUCUGUAAUGAAAGGUAAAUCUCCAGACCUUGAAUCUACUGGGUCUGGUACAACUACAAAACGAUCAAGCGUUUCAUCAGGAAGUCGUUCUCGUGUCCGACGAGAUUUCCUCACCAGGUUUACUGACAGCGAGCAUUUCACUGACAAGCUUGAAGAUUGGUAUGCUUUGUUACUACAGAACUCAGAGAGGGAUGGACCGGUUUUCGAGGCUCCUUUUGAGCUUGUGGAGCUACAAAAGUUUGAUUACGCGUUGGAAGGAGUUUCUUUCCAGCAGCUAACUCGGAUGCCUAACGCUGUUUAUGCUUCAACCUCUGCUUCUGUUGAGGCAAAUGCGUAUCUAGCGAUAGAGGAUUUUUUACACGCUACUGUUAAGAGCCUUUGGGAGGCGUUUUGGAGUCUGGACGAGCCUGUUCCUUUCUCUGUGGGUUGUUUGUAUAAUCAGAAUCUGAAGUUUUAUCAAGCUGAGCAAGCUUUAGCUCUUGGGAAGCUCGAAGAUCUUUCUGCAACUGGUGUUCUCCUGAAAAAUCCACGUCAUCCACACGGGAAGUGGGAUCACAUUCUUGAGCUUGCUCUUCUAAGGCCUGACAUUGAGAGUGAUCAUCAGCCUUCGUUACAUGUCUUAGGAGAGGCUCUUUUCUAUGCUCUACGUAUACUCAUUGCAAGAAGUGUGAGCCGUUUAGAUUUCUCACAAAGCUCAAACUGUGUCUUCAUCCUUCUCGUUGAUACACAACACGGUGGGGUUGUGAGAGUUGAAGGGGACGUGAGUAAACUUGAUUUCGACGUGAACAAUGUUUAUGACUGCGCUGCGGAAUGGGUGCAGAGGCAUUCAAAGAUCUCAGUGUCGCCUGUUGACAGGAUAUGGAACAAGCUGGGGAAUGCAAACUGGGGAGACAUUGGUGCUUUGCAGAUAGUCUUUGCAACUUACCACAGUAUAAUGCAGUAUUUUGGGCCACCUAGGCACUCCAUUGAAGACUUAGCUGCUGACCAUAGCUCUCGCCUUCACUCAAGACGACAGGAGAGGCACUUGGGGGAGACUAGUCUCAGUGAAGAAGGUAUGUUUAGGUUCCAGCAAAGAACCAUGUCUCCUGAAAUCGUCGAAGUUCAUGAAGAAUCAACCAAUAUUGAGCCUGAAGGGUCUAUGAAACUGGAAGUUGGAUCAGUUCUGUGGUUGGAGGAUUCAAACUAUCAAAAAGGCUAUCAGAUUAACCAAGUGUUGACUAAUGGAACUCUUCCUUAUUGUAUCGCAUCACCAGUGGAUGACUCAGGGAAGUCUGUGUUUCUCUAUGUUGGUUCUCCUCCUUCACAGCUUGAGCCAGCUUGGGAAGACAUGAACUUAUGGUACCAGGUACAAAGACAGACUAAAAUAUUAAGCGUUAUGAAACAGAGAGGACUUUCUAGCAAGUACUUGCCACAGCUCCAUGGGUCUGGUCGGAUCAUACACCCAGGACAAUGUCAGAAACCAAGUUCAGGUGGACGUUGUGAUCAUCCUUGGUGUGGAACUCCCAUUCUUGUGACUACUCCCGUUGGGGAGACAGUAGCUGAUUUGGUGAAUGAAGGCAGGUUUGGACCAGAAGAAGCUAUCAGAUGUUGUCAUGAUUGUUUAUCUGCACUAUCUUCCUCCUCUUCAGCUGGUAUUCGCCACGGUGAUAUCCGACCAGAGAAUGUAGUUUAUGUCACUUCUGGUGUAAGACAUCCUUACUUUGUACUCAUUGGUUGGGGUCACGCGGUGCUUGAAGACAGAGAUAGACCAGCGAUGAAUCUUCACUUCUCCUCCACUUACGCACUCCAGGAAGGGAAACUUUGUGCUGCCUCAGAUGCAGAGAGCUUGAUUUACAUGCUUUAUUUCUGUUCUGGAGACUUGCCUGAUUUGGAUUCUGUUGAAGGAGCUCUUCAAUGGAGAGAGACCUCUUGGUCCAAAAGAUUGAUACAGCAGAAGCUAGGUGAUGUCUCGACCAUUUUAAAAGCAUUUUCUGACUACGUUGACAGUCUAUGUGGGACACCAUAUCCUUUGGAUUACGAUAUUUGGUUGAGAAGAUUAAAGAGGAAUCUCUCAGAAGAUCAUGGAAAAGAUAUCGAAACUUCAGGCUAAGCUAAGCUCUCAUCAAAUCUAGUAAUGUGGGUCCUUAUAUAAACAUUUUUUCAGGUGCUCUCUGCUUAACCUGCCCGAGACUGGAAAGCUUCAACGAUGAGACGUAUCAUACGGUUUUGGGACCAUGUUCUGUUCUUGUAUAGAAUCUUUGGAAUGGAUUAGAUUCUGUGGUUUGCCUUCGCUUCUGUUCCUUUUCUUCAGUAUUGUUAUUAUUAUUAUCUUGAAAGUGAUUCUCUAUUAUUUCAUUGUAAUGAUUCUUGUAUGCUCUCUAUUCGUCAGUAUUUUUAUUUUAACAUGUAUUGGUUCGUA